AGUCGAGUGUGCGCGCCGCACAGGAUCUCUUCUUCUUGGUCGGCCUAUCAGCCUGCUGCCCCCGGUGGACAACGGUUAAACGCACGGGAACCAGACCGCCCCCUCCGUGGACGGAAGCCACGGAACACCCCCACUUCUUGGCCGACCUAAGCCUCCCCCACCCACCAGCCAACCGCGGAGCGGAGUGUUCCGCGGUGCAGAGAGUGGAAGGCACACCGGGUACCGAGUUUCACGGGUGGAGAACCCCGUGGAUGCGUCGCGAUCAUCCCCCCGGAAGGAUCGGGUGAUAAGGUGGAGCAUAAUAAGUUUCGGGACGUUUCGAUGGUGAAACGGGCUGGUAUCGAGAAUGCGUUGAAGAUCCGGCCGGAGAUCGAGGAGAAUCGAGAUGUCCGCCGUAACCAGCCCGUAUGGCCCCACGGAGAUGCUUUCCGACUCGGUGUACAACUACGCGACGACCCGGCGGGGGACCGGCGACCAGGACAGCGACUCCCAGUACGAGGGCCAGGCCCAGCUGCAGAUCACGAGCAUCCAGAAGCCGCGCAACAAGCGGAAAAACUUCAAGCCGAUAAGCAGCCGGAUGGUGGAGGAGGUGUCCGAUGAGUCCGACGAGAAGGAGGACGACGAGCUGGACGGGGCGAUGGAGGAGAGCUCGAGCGAGAUACUCGAGUACGAGAGGAAGACGAUGCUGUUGCCGGCCGAGGACAGGUCGAAGCAGAGGUUGAACAACAACGAGGUGAGCCCCAUGGAUCUGUCCGUGGCAACCAGGCCCCCGUCCUCCGACGACGACAGCGGCGACUCUCUCAGGCACAAGUUCAUCCUCGAGCAGCUCAGAUCUCAGAAACUCUACUCCCCCGGCACCGAAGCCAGGAGCCCAAACUCGGAGUCGUCGGAGAAGAGCGGUGGAAGCGGCGUCCUGGACGCGGACUCGGGACGGUUGGACGACACCCCGUUCGAGGACGAGCGGGGGCAGGACGGGGAGGAGCGCGAGGCCGAGUGCGAGGAGAGGAAACCGUUCGAGGGGAUGAGGGAGUACGCGGAAUCGACUAUGCAGGAGUUGUUGGCGAUCUACGGGCUGACGGGAGGAGAAUUGGUGAAGUCGGUGAGCAGGCAGCUACCGCCGACCUUCUUGAAUCCCCCGACUGCGGGCCACCAGCCUCACGGGAAGGUAAAAGUAAAAGAGGAAAAGGAUGCUUCCUCGAUGGCGCCAGGAAGCCCACCGACGCCACCGCACACCCCCCAAAGCCCACCUCGACACAAUCCACCCCCCGGUAACCUGUCUCAAUCCUGUCAGACGUCGAACGCCAAUUCUCCGAAUCUGCAGCAACAGCAACACCAACAGCAUCAACACCACCAACAGCAACAAGAGUCGAAUCAGCAGCAACAGCAGCAGCACCAACAACAGCAACACCAACAGCAGCAUCAUCAUCAAACCAUUCACGCGAUGACGAACACACCCCUGAGCCAGAUCUUGGUCCAGAAUCCGGCCCUUGCUCAACUAUUGCAACAGAAUCCCGCGAUUCUGUCGCAGAAUCCGCAGUUGGCGCAGUUGUUGCAGCAAAAUCUUCAAGUUCAGAUGGGCAGCGUCCUUUUCCAGAACGUGAGGAGGGAGGAACCUGAAGAAUCGAGGAAUUCUUAA